AUGGUCAGUGUCCAAGUCUCUGGCAAGUCCUUGUAUGUACAAACAAAACUUAGAGUGACACCGAUCACUAUUGGCACAUGGAAUGUGCGCACGUUACUGGACAACAUCACGACAGACAGACCGGAGAGAAGAACAGCACUUGUCGCUAGAGAGCUCGCACGCUACAACAUUGACAUUGCAGCCCUUAGCGAAACUCGCCUGGCUAAUGAAGGACAGCUGUCCGAGUCAGGCGGUGGCUAUACAUUCUUCUGGAGUGGCCGCAGCAGUGAUGAGUGUCGCGAAUCUGGAGUUGGCUUCACCAUCAAGAAUCAUCUUGUUCGGAAACUUGCCAGUUCCCCCAAGGGUAUGAAUGACCGGCUCAUGGCAAUGCAGCUUUUGCUUCAAAAAGGAAAACAAGCUACUUUGAUCAGCGCAUAUGCUCCUACAAUGACCAACCCAGAGGAUGUGAAGGAUAAAUUCUACGAAGAACUAGAUACUCUGCUAUCGUCAGUGCACCGCACAGACAAGCUGAUUCUGUUUGGCGAUUUUAACGCAAGAGUUGGAUGCGAUGCCGCAGCCUGGGAAGGAGUCAUCGGGAAAAAUGGAGUGGGAAAGUGUAACAGCAAUGGCCUGUUACUGCUGAAAACUUGUGCAGCACAUGACCUUCUGAUCAGCAAUACGGUCUUUCGCCUUCCUACCCGUAACAGGACUUCAUGGAUGCAUCCCCGUUCUAAGCACUGGCAUUUGAUCGAUUAUGUCAUCAUCAGGAGAAGGGACAGACAAGAUGUCAGGGUUACAAAAGCUAUGUGUGGCGCUGACUGUUGGACGGAUCAUAGGCUCAUAGUAUCCAAAAUGAAGCUCCGUAUCAUGCUGAAGAGACGACCACAAGGCUGUAAGGCUCUCAAAAGGAUCAACGUGUCGAAGUUGAAGAACAAAGAGGAUGAAGUGAAGAAAGCUAUCGAUCAGCUGUCAAGUGGCAAAGCCCCAGGGUCAGAUGCCAUACCAGUAGAGGUGUACAAAGUUGGUGGACCCGUGCUGCUACGGAAACUCACUGAGCUGUUUCAGUCCUUCUGGAAGCAGGGAACCAUUCCACAAGAAUUUAGAGAUGCCUCCGUCUUGCACCUCUAUAAGAGGAAGGGCAAUCUCCAGGUAUGCGACAAUCACCAUGGAAUCUUGCCGCUUUCUACAGCGGGAAAAGUUCUUGCACGGGUUCUGUUGAACCGAUUGAUCACUCACCUGGAGAAGGGCUUACUGCCAGAAUCACAGUGUGGCUUCUGCAAGGGAUGUGGGACUAUUGACAUGAUCUUCGCUGUGCGUCAGCUACAGGAGAAAUGUCAAGAGCAGAAUCGUGAACUCUACGCAACUUUUGUGGACCUCACGAAAGCAUUUGACUCUGUCAGUCGCCAGGGCCUGUGGAGGAUCAUGUCGAAAUUUGGCUGUCCAGACAGAUUUAUAUGAAUAGUACAUCAAUUUCAUCACAGUAUGAUGGCUUGUCUCCUGGAUGACAGUGAAACAUCUGACCCCUUCCCAGUCACCAACGGCGUCAAGCAAGGGUGUGUUGUAGCACCCACUUUGUUCAGCAUGAUAUUCUCUGCCACUCUGACUGAUGCCUUUCAACACUGCACUGAAGGAGUAGGCCUGAAAUAUAGAACUGACGGGAAACUAUUCAAUCUGAGGCGACUGUGUGCCAUCACCACAGUGGACCACUUCACAUACCUGGGCAGUACCCUUUCCCGAGCAGUGUCAAUUGAUGAUGAAGUAAACUGCAGAAUUGCUAAAGCCAGCUCUGCAUUUGGCCAAUUGCGCUCCAACGUUUGGGAACGUCGAGGGAUCAGCCUACCAACGAAACUAAAGGUCUACCGAGCAGUGGUGUUUCCAACUCUGCUGUACGCCUGUGAGACGUGGACUGUCUAUCGGAGUCAUGCACAAAGCCUCAAUCACUUCCACAUUUCCUGUCUGCAAAAGCUUCUAAAAAUCAGAUGGCAGGUCAAAGUGCCCAAUACUGAUGUCCUUACUAGAGCCAGUCUGCCGUCAGUUCACACAUUGCUGAUGAGAGCCCAGACCAGGUGGGCUCGACAUGUCAUGAGAAUAUCAGAUGAACGCAUUCCUAAACAGCUCUUCUACGGAGAACUCACUCAGGGAAAGCGCUCCCUUGGAGGACAAAAGAAGCAGUUCAAG